AUGUCAAAAUCAUUUUUUGGUUUUGGAUCUCUUUCCGCCAUCUUCUUCACUCUUCUUGCUUUAUCAUUAUUUGUUGCAAAGUCUGUCGUUGGUGAAGGUAUUCACAUAAAUAAAAAGACCGUCACUGUGACAAAUGAUAUAGAUCCUGGAAUAGCUUUAACAAUCCAUUGUUGGUCAAGUGAUGACGAUUUCGGUUUCCAUACACUAUAUUACAGACAGAAUUUCCUAUGGCGUUUUAAGGUUAAUCUUUUCAGGUCAACGAAAUUUGUGUGCGAUUCAAGUUGGUAUGAUCCUAAUGAAAAAAGAAACCACGCGAUGAGGUUUACGGCUUAUAAAGCAGCAAGAGACUGGAGAAUACAUUGCAAAAAUGAUUGUAAAUGGAGCAUUGCUCGAGAUGGUGGCUACUAUGGUGGUGGGACUGAUGAGUUUCCGCAAGAAAAGAUCUUUUCUUACCCUUAA